AUGAGUUACAAUUAUUUGAAAGCAGCCAGGAAAGUCAUAUGCAUUGGUCGAAACUAUGCCGCGCAUAUCAAAGAACUGAAUAACACAACCCCCAAACAACCAUUCUUUUUUCUAAAGCCAACUUCAAGUAUAGUGACCCCAUUAUCAUCAUCGCUGGCAAAGACCAAGAGACCGACGGAUUCAAGUUUCAAUGGGUUGAAUGAAGACGGGUCCAAUCCAGGGCCCAUAUUCAUCCCACGAGGAGUAAAGGUUCACCAUGAAAUUGAGCUGGCAUUGAUCAUAAACAAACACUUGUCCAACGUCGCUGAAAUGAAACCCGAAGAAGUCUAUGAAUCUAUCAGUGGUGUGGCUCUAGCAUUAGAUCUUACUGCAAGAAACGUGCAGGAGGAAGCAAAAAAGAAGGGAUUACCUUGGACCAUAAGCAAAGGAUUUGACACUUUCAUGCCAAUAUCCGCUCUAAUCUCCCGCGAGAGGCUUUCAACCUACAAAUCCAACUUGCAAGACAUUUUCAGAAUCAAGUGUUCCGUUAAUGGAGAACUGAGACAAGACGGCGGGACUGGUCUCAUGCUACACCCAUUGCACAAAAUCUUGCCACAUAUAUCUACCAUGAUUUCUCUAGAGCCAGGUGAUAUUGUAUUAACUGGCACACCUGCCGGCGUGGGCGAGCUGAAACCUGGCGACCGUGUUCAUUGUGAACUUUUACAAAAUAACGACAAGCUCGUGGACAUGGAUUUCGAAUGCGAAAACCGCCCCGGUCCUUAUGAAUUCAAGGAAACGUAA